AUGAAACAAAAACAGCGCACACCACUACCUAUGUAUAAAAUCUCCCCACUUGCCGCAAACCGUCUGGUUACUCCCCCUACUCGUCAAGGCUAUGGAUUUAGCUACUCCACUUCCAGCACUGCGAGCACCCCUGGAAGCAGCAGCAUCUUUGGAGGAAGUUUGCGAAGCGGUGGUAGCCUUGGACGAAGUUUUGGCAAGAGCUUGACUGGUAGCAGUAGCCUUCGAAAGACCUGGGACCCAGAGACUGACAGCAUUCUUUCCCCUGGAGCUUUCUCUGCCGGCAAUUCUAGGCAAAGUGGAAGCCUAAAGCGCUUGACCAUCGACCGCAACCUUCGCACUGAUUUGUUUUCUCGCUCGGCCUUGACCAAUGGUGAUGAGGCCGCACCACCAUCUAGUAAACUGAAGAAGAAAGUCAGCUUUGAUGACGCUGUCUCUCCAGGAGACUCAGCCGACAAGACCAAUGGAGCUAUUGUCCGUGUCGAAUCUGAUAAUUCUGAGCCUACUCCCGAAGAGCUCGGAUUCUUAAGGUCCGCUCGUAAACAAUCUUCUGCUAAUUCUACUCCAACUGCACCCAAGAGCGUUGAGCUUCCUAACGGCACUCCAAGUGCAUCCUCAACCUCACAGAUGGAACAAGUCAGAGGCAAAGAGCUAGCUACCGUCCCAGAAAAUGGCGAGCAAGCUGCCCUCACCACCCCAACUAAUAAACCCCUCGUUAUUGUUCCCAACGUGGACCCUAAGCCUGGUGAAUAUUGGAUGAAGCCAUCCCGUGCAGAGCUCAGCAAAAUGUCUCGUGAAGAGCUAAAACAGGUCCCUAAUUUUACAGUCGGCCGUGUCCGUUGUGGAUCUGUUACAUUUGACAGACCAGUUGACCUGACCACCGUAAACCUUGAUGACAUCUUUGACAAAAUUGCCAAGAUCACCAUCCGUUCUAUUACCGUUUACCCCGACGAGGCAACUAAGCCCCCUCGUGGCAAAGGCCUUAACAUGCCGUCUACUCUUCGCAUUGAGAAUUCCUGGCCUCGUGGUAGAGACAAGAGGAGCCCAUCGCCAUUCACUUCUGGGCCAACGUUCGAGAAGCACAUCAAACGCCUCAAGGAAGUUACGAACACUGAAUUCAUCGACUAUGAGAAGGAGACCGGUACCUGGGUCUUCACUGUCCCUCAUUUUACGACGUAUGGACUUGAUUAUGAUGAUGAUGACGAGGAUGAAGGUGAGAGCUUUAAUCAAAGCACUUUAAACGCUGCUCCUGACUCUGUCGCUUCAAAUGAUCAGACCCCCACGCAGUCGUCCGGAAUGCGCAAUUUUGAUACUUCAAUGAGUAUUGAGGGCUCCCUUUUCGGUGACUCUGUUAGCGGUGUGGAAGAUGAUACCUUUGAAUUUAAGAAAAAGAAACCCGUUCCGGGGGCAUAUGCUCGCCAGGGGGUAAAUGGAAUGGGGGCGUUACCGGAAGAUAUGGAAUCUGAAGAAGAAGCCGACCAGGAUUCUUUUUUAGAGGACGGCUCCGCGGGUUCAGUUACUAAUGAAAGUGAGGAACAGCUGGAAAGCAUGUCACCCUCUGCAUCAGAACUUGAAUCGGACAGGGACGAGGAUAUGGAAAUGGCUGGUUCCUUCCCAGUCCCUGACCAAACCGUGGAGCUCACAUUGACUGGCCCCUUGAAGAAGAACAACUUAUUUCAAUCUAUGCCUCGAUUUGGCACUCCCACAAAGUCCGCGGACCUUAACCUUCAGGGUAACUGGGCGGAACAGCUUCAGCGAACUAUCAGUCCACGAAAGCAAGAUAGACAAGCUCUCCGGGAGGUCCAAGAUAGGGCUUUUUUGGACCGAGAUGAAGAUGAGAGUCCAACCGCAACAUCGAAAGCAACUGAAGAGCGCCCAACGCAGUUUACUACUAGUAUCGAUCUUAUGAACUCACUGUUCCGACAACCCAAACGGCAAGGGGCGUCUCCUGCCCCUGCUCAAUCAUUGAAAGCCAAAAGCGGAUUAGAGUGGCCUUAUCCAAAGAAACCAAAGACGUUUGCGGGAAAACCAAGCGAAAUGGCAGAAAUUGAGGCCUCAUUUCAUCACUCGACCAAAGCACGAUGGGGUGUCCUUGACGAGGUUGUGCUUCCGAACAAUAGACCCGAGGUACCUGUUUAUGGAGAGAAAAGAUUGGUGAACGUUAGUAAAUUUGAUCAUGAAACUGCUGAGGCUCAAAACCCUCUACAAUUGCAGAAAACAAAAUCAAUUGUUCGCCUAGUUGACAACGUGCCUUUUGCAUCCUUGGCCCUUCCCGAUUUUGGAGCCUUAGCAGAGGCUGUCAUUGACACUACCAAAGAGGCGGACAACGAGAGGUGGCUGUGGCAAUUGGCUAACAUCUUGUUCAAUGAUGAUUUGAAAGAUGAUAUUUCUGAGGGUGUUCCUGCUGGACUUCUUGAUAACUAUAAACAUCGCAUCAAGAAAGACCGCAUUAGUCGAUUGUGGGAAACAAUGAUCCGUACCCAUCAUCCCAGCGAGACUGGAAAUCUCAAGACAGCCGAAGAACGCGCCUUUUCCUACCUAUGCGCCCACCGUGUUGAAGAGGCCUGCAAGUUACUUAUUGAUUCUGGGAACCCACAUUUGGCAUCUCUUGUUUCCCAAAUAGGCCGUGAUGAAGAUACUAGGAAAGCUAUGCAAGAUCAGGUAGAGUCAUGGCGCAAAGCCGGUAUCUCUUGUGAGAUUAGCGAGCCUAUUCGGGCCAUCUAUGAGCUGCUUGCAGGCAACUGCCUACGCAGCGAAGGAAAACCAAGCGGGCCCCCAGAAGAGCGAAUCUCAACUUUCAAUAUGUCCGACCGUUUUGAACUUGAUUGGUUCCAGGCAUUUGGCCUCCGUCUGUGGUAUGGAAUCUCAGAUGAUGAUCCAAUUGAGGAUGCUGUGACCUUAUUCCAUCAUGACGUACACCAUGAAGGCGAACCUCAACAACCACUCACUGUGACCACUAAAGACUCCAACCAAAAGCCAGGUGAUGACCCUGUUGGUCGCGAGUCUCCCUUCUGGAUCUUGCUGAAAACUUAUACUCUCGCUGUCAACAAUGGUACUCACCCAGAAAUCGCUCCAAUUCAGAUGCCAGCUGCUAUUACUCCAAUUGCAGUUUCCGGCCACAUGUUGCACAAUCGUCUAUCGUUCCAACUUCUCCACCAUCUAUCUAAGGUGGUAGGACAUCACGACGUUUUUGCAGUGGACCAAUCUCGAGCAGACCAACUUGCUUGGGACCUGUCUUGGGAGCUCACUACUGCUGAACAAUAUGCACCUGCUUUAUUUGUCCUCUUACAUCUUUCCCGCCCUUCAGACCGGGAGCGGAGUGUAAAAGAGAUCUUAUGUCGUUUUGCCUCAUUGAUUCCUUCUCCAACAGCUGAGAAUGGAACUCCAAGUUCUCUAUGGACAUAUCUCACUGUGGAACUUCAGGUCCCACCAGCUUGGCUUUGGAUUUCCAAGGCGCUGCACUCCCGAGCUGUUGGCGAUAUUGCUAGCGAAGUAGAGUGUCUCAUCCAUGCCAAACACUGGAACGAGGCCCACGGAACCUUCUACCGCAUUGUUGCUCCUAAAGCAGUUAUUGAAAGAGACUAUGAUACUCUUGCCUCUCUGAUUAGUGGAUUUGGGGAAAGCCCAGAACGCAGAGUUAGAGACUGGGCGGAUGGUGGUGCCGUUUACCAGGAUUUCCUCCAGCUAGUGAAUGCAAAGGGAGGAUGGAGAGACCCAGCUUCGCUAAAACGAUUGCUCAAGGCACUGGCACACCUUGGUGGAAAAGUUGAAAAUUCAGCUACUUCUAGCUUGUAUGAGCGCAUUGCUUUUAGGGAAAUGAGCCGUUUGGUUGCGAGAUGGGCUACAAAAGAUGUUGGAAACAACAUCGAGUCUUCCACAAUUCUCAAUCUCCCGUUGACUCGGGACGCUCGACUCACGCACACUGCGGAAGUUAGCCGACGUUACUAUAACGCGAUCAUGGCCGGCGGAAGCACUUGA